GUGUUCUCGCGAGAGUUGCCCACAGACAUGGAGACGCGAGCUGACUGAAUUUUUAGUUUCCAUUGCUGGGAGAGGACAGCGUUGUCCUGCAGAAAGCACACUUGCUGUGCACUCAGAAGCUUUUAAAAAGAGGCUUUAUAAACUGCGUUACUGUGCGUGAGUGUGCGGGUUAAAGCACCAGAAGAGGCGCUCUGAGCUGAGCAUGGGCGGCGUUCUUCCGCCUGUGUGCGACUGUGCGUCCAGAGGAGAGAAACCGCUUCCAUAUGGGGGGAGAGAGAGCUCGGGGGCUCCGUGCAGACUCAGGAAAUAAGUGGACUGCAUCCAUGAAUCCGUCUCCACUGCAGCUCCCAUAAUAUCCGAUUAAAGCAAACGAUUUGUGUUCUUUUACUCCGCUUUCUGGGAAUGUCACCGGGAUGCAUCCGGAGCUAGGAAGAAGCCCAUGAGCCCGGGCAGCGAUCCUCUCCUCCUGGGCUGGAGAAGGGCCAACAGGUCGAGCCAGGCUCGGCUGCUGGAGGACUAAUGAAAGGGAAUACUUUGAGGGAACAUCUCGCCUAUCUCACUGCCUGGAAUCAAACACGAUGUGCGGACAGAUCGUGGAUCAAACUGAGCCCAUCACCGUCACAGCGAGUUCCUUAACGCAGGCUGGGAUGAUGGGACACCAGAUACGGGUUUAGGUCGCUGACUCCUAAAUGUCCCGCCUCCCUCUAGGUGAGAGAGAGAGGCACAGAAACACUCAGACCUCCACCUGUGUCCACCGACAUGGAUAAACUCACCGUGAUAUCAGGAUGCCUCUUCCUCACUGCAGACAUCUUCGCCAUCGCCAGCAUCGCCAACCCGGACUGGAUCAGCACUGGGGAUUCAGCUGGCUCUCUGACUGUGGGUCUGGUUCGGCAGUGCCAGAUCAUCCACGGCCGGGACCGGAUCUGCAUCCCCCCGCAGCUGCCUCCGGAGUGGAUCACCACACUCUUCUUCAUCAUCCUGGGUAUCAUCUCCCUCACUGUCACCUGUGGUCUGCUGGUGAUGUCACACUGGCGACGCGAGGCCGCCCGGUAUGCCCGAUGGAUCGCCUUCACAGGGAUGGUUCUCUUCUGUAUGGCUGCCCUCAUAUUCCCAAUCGGCUUCUACAUCAACGAGGUUGGAGGACAGCCAUAUAAGCUCCCCAACAACACAGUGGUGGGCUCCUCCUACGUACUCUUCGUUCUGUCCAUAUUUUUCACUAUAGUGGGACUGCUGUUUGCUGGCAAGGUAUGCUUGCCUGGCUGACAUAUUCUCCUCCUCUUUUUGUAUCUUUGGAGAAACACCACCAUUGGGGGAAACUUUUGUUAGAACUGACUCUUCUGUGGCAGUGUUGGAAAUA